AUGUCCGGUGUUCGUAAAAGAAAUGUCACUAAACCUUCUUCUCAAUCCGUCGCUUCGAAAAUCUCCAAAGGAUCCAAAAAAUCUUCCAGUUUCUCGACUCCUCAACUUAUUGGAAUUGUGUCCGCUCUUGUUCUUGGAAUUCUGCUUUUCUGUCCACUUGAAGUUUUCGAUUUUUUCCUUGCAAAGAAUCAGAAGAUCGUCAGAGUCAAAUACGAAGUGCCUGAAUUUGUACCCACAGACUUUGUUGCUCGAAAUGAAGUCGAAGAAGAAUCAUUCGAGCUGUAUAAAAAAGCUAGAAUUGUGGACAACGAAGACGUCUACGAUUCACACGAGAAAGUGUCUUGGAAUGAUUUCAAUAUCCGCAAAUACAUCAAUGCCGGCCGAGUCACGAACAAAAAGGACGCCUAUAAAACCGCAGCGUUUAACCAGCUCGUUUCCGACGACAUUCCGAUGGAUCGAAAUAUCCCAGACACUCGCCUAGGAUCUUGUCCGUCUCAAGAAUAUCCUUCUGAAGGGCUUCCAACGACCUCAAUUAUUAUCACCUUUCAUAACGAAUUGAGAUCGACGCUUUUGCGAACUAUCGUUUCCGUCAUUCGAAGAACACCAGCUAAUAUUUUGAAAGAAAUUGUUCUCGUCGAUGAUGCUUCUAGCGAUCCAAACGUUGGAAUGGAACUGAUCAAGAUCGAGAAAGUCAAGUUGAUCGUCAACCGCGAACGGCAAGGCCUCAUUCGAGCUCGUAUCCGCGCUGCUAUGGUCGCUACUGGUGAUACUCUGACUUUCCUCGAUAGUCACGUCGAAGUGAACAGAAACUGGAUCCAACCUUUGAUGCAGCGAAUCCAACAAAACCCCAAAAUUGUCGUUGCUCCUAUCAUCGACGUCAUCAACAAAGAUACCUUCAAAUACAUUGGUGCUGAUGCGUUUUUGACCGGUGGAGUUUCUUGGGCGAUGGUUUUCAGAUGGGAUUGGCUGACUCAGAGAGGGACAAGCACCAUGGAUCACACGAGAGGACUCCGGAGCCCAACAAUCGCUGGCGGAUUGUUUUCAAUCUCAAAAGCGUGGUUCCACGAGUUGGGAGAAUACGAUGAUCAAAUGGACAUCUGGGGCGGAGAAAACAUCGAAUUCUCUUUUCGAGUGUGGCAAUGCGGCGGAGAAAUGGAAAUUCUUCCCUGCUCAAGAGUCGGCCACGUUUUCAGAGACGAACAUCCAUACGAUUUUGGAAAGAAGGGUUCAAACAAUGUCUUUGUCAAGAACAACAAUAGAUUCGUUCAUACGUGGAUGGAUGAAUACACCGAUUUCUACUAUGGAACAAGACCAAAUGCUAAGAGUAUUGAGCCAGGAGAUCUGUCUGUUAGGGAACAUUUUAAGGAAAAGCUGCAAUGUAAGGGCUUCAAAUGGUACCUGGAAAACGUCUAUCCUCGUCAAUAUGUUCCUGAACGCAACUCCGUUGCUUGGGGUCAUGCUAAACGAGGAGAACACUGUCUCAACGUCUUCCCAACAAAAUCCAAUAAAUCGGGCGUUUAUGGUCAGCUAGGAGCAGCAAACUGCAACCAAGGCUUGAACAAUCCGAGCUAUCAAGACAUGGACAAGCAACAACUCGUCUUGAAGAAGUUCACUGGUCUUUUCCAACAGCCAGUCCAAAUGAAAGACGGAAAGUACGUGAAUAAAUGCUUUGGCACCCCCGACACGACACCAACCGACGGCGCAAAGGUCAUCCUCGCUGAUUGCGUGAGCAACGCAGAAGUUAGAGAAGCCAAUUCUCAUCAAAGAUGGAAUUAUGUCGGUACGAAUAUCAAGCUAGAAGACUUUCCUCACCUCUGCCUUGAUGGAUCUGAUCUGGGCUCGUUCAGAGUGAGAACUUGCACUGGAUCAGACAGCCAGCAAAUUUUAUGGGAAAUGUUGAAUAUUUAA